AUACAUUUAUUCAUAAAAAAUUUAAAUUAAAAAAAAGUAAAUUAAUUUUAUUUGGAAAGUCUUGAUAGAUCGAUAAAGUAGCCUUAGAAACAACUGAGAAACAGAAUUUUAAGUAUAUCGAGGAGACAAGAAAUCAUGCGUGCGGUGAUUUACAAUUUAUACAAAAUGUGAAGGAACAGGAUAAAUUUCCUUGUCCUAUGAACGAAGAAAUUCGUAAGGAAUCAGAUGAAAAGAAAAAUCCAUUAUAUUUUCCUCAACCAGGAGAUGAACUUCCAAUGAAAGAUGAAGGACCAAUGGAUGAAACAGGUCCAUGGGCAGCAGGUCGAGUAACAUAUACUCCACAAGGUGGUAUAACAGGUCUACGACCUGUUGCCGAUCGUUAUUCUAUAACUCGAUUUGGUCCGAGCGAAUGGAGACAACACAAUCAUACAUUUUUUCAACAAUCUGAUGAAAAUAUUCGUAAAGCCCAGCAUGCAACAUUUGCCGCAAAACAAUGUAUCGAAAGAGUAUAUAGAGAAGCUGAUAAACAGCAAUUAGAAACAAAAGAUUAUUUAAGAACACGAGCUAACGUUGUCCACCGAUGGAAAUUAGAAUUAGAUCACGCACUUCACAGUAUUACAGAAGAAAUAAUUUUAUUAGAAGGAGAGAGACGUCGAGUUAAACAAUCUCUUUCCGUUAUAACUAUUCCCGAAUCUAUAGCCGGCGAAUUUUUACAAUUACGAGCUACUCGUCUCGAAUCGGAUCUCGUUAAAGAUGAUCUUGAGAAAGAACUUACAAAGGAAGUAGCACUUUGCUCAGAGAUACGUGAUUUGUUAAACAGGACACGUGAACAAAUAGAAAUGCAAUUAAUCGAAUUAAAAGCAGCUAAAGCUAGAAUGGAAAAUGAUUGGACCGAUAAAAUCGAUGCUUAUGAAAGUGAUACUAAUUGUAUCAAAAUGAAUAACGAAUCACCUCUCAUAUUAUGGAAGCCCGGUGCUACCAGAUUUCCAGCCGAACAAUCAACACCUGCGAGUUAUGAACAUUUUACACGAGAAGUAUUAUCCACCGGAGAAACUGUCAGACAAAGAUCAAUUACUCUUAGAUCAACUUUAGAUGAUAUUUAUAAUAAAUCAUUAAAAGAUCUUCGUAAUCAAGCGAGUCGAGUUGAUACUGCAUUGGCUGCACAAAUCAAUUUAACGGAAGGAAUAUGUCUGCAGUUAGAAAAAGAAUUGCAAAGAUGUUUACAAGAACUCGCAAAUACAGAGAAUUUAAUCGAAGAACUUCGAGGAUCUACCAAAGGUUUGGAUAACGCAAUGAAAUUGGCACAAACGUGUCUAUCCGAACGUUUGUUACGACGCAACGUUGAAAGUUGUCGUGAUGUACCACAAUUUGCACUCGUAGAUGAAGUUAAAUCUUUAGGAGAACGAGUUACUGCAACUUUAAACGAAUUAAAACGUGCCGAAGAUACUCAAGCUGGUUUAAUCAAAGCCAGAGGUGAUUUGGAACGAGAAAUAAUAGUUAAGCGAAAAACUUUAUAUAUAGACAGACAACGUGGACAAUUACUUCGUUCGUUUUACCCUUCUGCCACUACACUUUCAGGAUUUUAAAUUGAUCUAUGCACACGCAUUUAAUAUAAUUAUAGCGCAUCCGUAAAUUAAAAACAAAUUACGUUACUUCAUUAUUUAAAUUGCAAUAAUAAUUUAUAGAAUAGAUUAUAAGAAAUAUCCUACGUGUGUUCAUGUAUGCUUUGAUCGAAAUGCAAUAGUAUAUGUUCAUAAGAUAUACAAAUCCCCAAGCUUUGAUCAUAAAUCUUUGUAAUACACAUUUCUUAACGAUAUUUCCUAUAAUGUUAAAGACGACAAUAAUAACAAAGUAUGUGUGAUUACA